GGGCGUAGUCACUAUGAACGGACAUCCCUAAUGAAGCUCCACUUUGGCUACCCCGCAACAUGAACUGAAUCUACCCGGGAGAGACCGAGGAAGAUGGCGGCGACUGACCGUUCCCGGUCCGAAGCUGCAAAGCAGCGACGGCAGGAUCAGUUACAGCGAUGGCUGGGCUCGGAAACCGACCAGACAGGACCAGGACCGGGUACGCGGGAUGUGUCGACCGGAACAGGGUCGCGGCGGGCCCGGGUUCGGUUCGCUCAGGGAGCCGUGUUUAUGGCAGCCUGUUCGGCUGGGGACCGAGAGGAGGUGGCGUUGCUCUUACGGCAGGGUGCUAACAUCAACCAUGCUAAUAUAGACGGACUGACGGCGCUUCAUCAGGCAUGUAUCGAUGAGAAUGCAGAGAUGGUGCAGUUCUUGGUGGAGAGCGGGAGUGACGUAAACCGUGGGGACAAUGAGGGGUGGACUCCCCUUCACGCUGCAGCCUCCUGUGGGUUCAUCCAGAUCACCAAGUACCUGAUUGAGCAUGGGGCACGUGUGGGGGCGGUGAACAGUGAAGGAGAAUUACCCCUGGAUGUGGCCACUGAGGACGCCAUGGAGAGACUGCUGAAGGCAGAGAUCAAGAAGCAGGGCAUAGAUGUGGACAUGGCGAGGAGAGAAGAGGAGCGUGUGAUGCUGGCAGAUGCCAAUGCGGUGCUGGCCGGGAGUGGCACCCUGGCACCGCACCCCAACACCAAGGCCACGGCGCUGCAUGUGGCAGCCGCCAAAGGCUACAUCGAGGUCAUGAAAGUGCUGCUGAAGUGUGGUCUGGAUGUGGACAGCAGGGAUGUGGACGGCUGGACCCCCCUGCACGCUGCAGCUCAUUGGGGCCAGGAGGAGGUGUGCUCCCUGCUGGCUGACAGUAUGUGUGACAUGGCUGCACUCAACAACGUGGGCCAGACCCCCUUGGAAGUAGCAGAUGAUGCCCUGGUGGAAACUCUGGAGGAGCUGACCAAGAAACAGAACACUCUACGCUCGGAGAAAGCCAAGUUGUCUCAUCCUACAGUCAUCGAGACCAGCCCUCCCCUCAACACGGCUCCGGUUCGACCACGCAGGACCUCAAUUUCUCGUAUGAGCAGCCGAGAAAAGAUCUGCCUCCACGAGCGAGAGAAGCAUCCUCCCCCGGCCCUGACCAGCAGCCCCCCAGAGGAGGAGGAGGAGGAGGGAGGUCAGAGCGGGGGUCAGAGCGGGGGUCAGACGGAGACUCAGGACCAGGCCAAAGCCUCCAGCAGCUCCAGUUCGGAAGAGGAAGAAGACGAGUCCGAGAGCGAUGCUGAAUCAGAGAAAGCCAAAAACCGAGAGAUAAUAAACAACUUGAACAACAAACGCAACAGCUCCGCCCCUCAUGCUACCUCCAUGGCAACCAACCCUUCAGGAAACACGGUCAAAAAGGACCUGGGCAAGCCCCCAGUCCCCGAGGUGCCCCCAGUCGCCACUGGUACGGCCCCUGGCUCCUGGAGGACCUCUCUACGCAAGGCAGGCAGCUCCGUGACCCUCUGUCCCUCAGGGGGCACUGACCCCAGCCAGGAGCCCACUCGUGGGGUGUCAGAGUCUGGCCUGGGGAUGACCCGCUCGGCAUCCAGUCCACGCCUCAGCUCUGAUAACGCUACGGAGACCAAGGAACCCAGGACUGCCUGGGUCAACCCCACUCCAACCAGACGUCUCUUCAGUGUCCCAGACAGCCACCCAGACACCACUAGCAGCUGGCUGAGUCGUAGUUCCUCUUACACCCGACGCCUCAAUAGCACAGGAAGUGAUUUCAGUAGCUCCACCCCCUCCUUGCCUCGCAGCUCAUCUUAUGGACGCAGACUGGAUGACCCCACGGUGACCUCGACAACAGGAACAGGAAGUAGCUCCUCCGCUGGACUCAAUCGACUAAACAUUCUGGUGGCACAGAGGCAGGCUCAGGAGCAGGCGGAGAAGAAGGAGCAGGGUUCUGUCACCAGCACCUCCAACUCUGUCACACCAACGACAGGAAGCAGUGGCAGUGACCUGGAGACCAAGCAGAGGCGCAAGUCCUACUUGACGCCGGUGCGUGAUGAGGAAGCUGAGGCCCAGAGGAAAGCUCGUUCCCGGCACGCCAGGCAGUCACGCCGAUCCACUCAGGGGGUGACGCUGACAGACCUUCAGGAAGCGGAGAAGACCAUGAAGACGGCACAGACGGACAAAGGUAGAGAAAAGACCAAAAAGGAGGAGGAGGAGAAGGAGGCAAACAAGAAGAAGGCUGAAGAGGGGGAGGUCAGCUGGAGGUCACGUAUUGCCAGCCUGCAGAAAUCUGACCUUUUGGGGUUGACUCAGCCUGCCGGUGCCCCCCGCCCCUUGACCUCCAGCCAGGAGAGCAGUGCAGGAGGGGAGAGUGAGAGUGACCGCGUGACCAGGGAGAGCAGGGAGCGUCGAAGAGCCCGGGCCAGGCGGAGAGCCCAGAGGGCUGGGGAGAGUGACGACAAUGACCCCAGUGGCGAGGAGGAGGUCGGAGGUAAUGGGCAGGAUCCUCGACACUCCGGCUCCAGGUCGGAUGUGUCUUGUAAUGACUAUCUGGACAGAGGAGGAGGCUCGGAAACAAAGGACUACAAGAAGUUGUUUGAGGAGGUGUCCAGAGAGAACGGUCAGCUCCAGUCUCAACUUCUGGACACCCAGAGAACCGUCUCUCAAACCAGACUAGACCUGGACAAGGCUACGCAGAGGCAGGAGAGGUUCAGUGACUGCUCAGCCAUGCUAGAGCUGGAGAAGAAGGAGCGGAGGAUGUUGGAGCACCGUGUGGCUGAGCUGGAGGAGGAGUUAAAGGUGCUGGGUGACCUGAGAGCAGACAACCAGCGGCUGAAGGAUGAGAAUGGAGCGCUGAUCAGAGUCAUCAGCAAGCUCUCUAAAUAGAUGGAGAGAACGCCACCGGGGACGCUUCCUCCCCCCUCCCCCCCCACCUCACAUUCCUCCCAGUGCCAAAGAGUGAGAGAGAGAGAGAGAAUGCAAGGAGAAGAACAAGACGGAAGAAAGAAGCAUGAGAAUGUUGUACUGUAAACUGAACCAUAGAUUAACUGGACUGUGCUGCCAGUGCUUCCUGAGUCGCAGAGGGCUGGUGGUGUUUAUGCCCACUCCGAGGACAGGACUGUAUCUAUGGCACGCAGCCAUGACAACUGUGGUCAUGUCAACGGCUCGCACAGCAGAUAUGAGACAACAGCCAAAUGCCCAUGGAUUGUGGAUUCAAACACAGUAUAGACAAUGUGCACCCAAGGUGAAACACUUAUUGCACACACUCACACACAUUCCUUCUUUGGGACACACACUCACACACAUUCCUUCUUUGGGACACACACUCACACACAUUCCUUCUUUGGGACACACACACACGUUAGUGCACACACUCUCGUUCCAUUCGACCAGUCCUAGGCAAUGUUUUUGUUUACUCACAGAAGCCACUCCACUGUUUUCAUGACGGAUCUAUAGAUCUAUAGAUCACAUCCAUCCCGACCUCUGACCGACCUCUUCAUACUAUAGAUCACAUCCAUCCCGACCUCUGACCGACCUCUUCAUACUAUAGAUCACAUCCAUCCUGACCUCUGACCGACCUCUUCAUACUAUAGAUCACAUCCAUCCCUCCCUCUGACCGACCUCUUCAUACUAUAGAUCACAUCCAUCCCUCCCUCUGACCAACCUCUUCAUACUAUAGAUCACAUCCAUCCCGACCUCUGACCGACCUCUUCAUACUAUAGAUCACAUCCAUCCCUCCCUCUGACCGACCUCUUCAUACUAUAGAUCACAUCCAUCCCGACCUCUGACCGACCUCUUCAUACUAUAGAUCACAUCCAUCCCUCCCCACUUUAAUUAAAUCAAGGCUUUUCCUGAAGAGUUAGGAAUUUUUUCUCCAAAAUAGAUUAAACCCAAACCACGUUUGUGAUGAUCAGUGUUGCCUCCAUAAAACCAUAAAGGUUUCUUGGCUGAAUAAAUGCUUUAAGAAAUAUAAAAUACCUACACCGAUUACAGGAACAUUAUAGUAACUUUAUGGUGAAUUUACAGUAAAAAUACGGUACCACUAUGAUAACUUCACAGGGACUUUAUGGUAAAUUUACAGUAACGUAUGAGUAUCUACACAUUAAUAGAAUUUGCCUGUGUUCAGUUCAACCUGAGAAGAACGUCUGAAAUCAGAUAUGAGCCUUGUAAUCUGGUCUUGUAAUCUGGUUUUGUAAUCUGGUUUUGCCCUUCCACUGCACAUGUGUGUUUUUUGAUCUCACCCACCCCCAGGCACACCCCCCCACAGCAUCAUCCACCACACACACACACACACACACUCACACACACACCGUAGUCUUCUGAAUGACCAUGGCAGUUUGCUUGGCACCCUCCAGGUGAAGAGAGAAACCAUUUGAGGCAUCACCCCCGUCCUGUGUCAUACUACACGGAACAGCUUUGUCUCUUCGACAAACCUUCAUCCCAAUUAUCUGCCCUUUCCUCUUAAGUCCUAAGGCUUUGGAUAGGUCCAGGCGUGUGCUAGAUCAGUGAUCCAACUCCGGUCCUGGAUGGCUGAAACACUUUUCAUGCAAUCUUUCUAAUCCGUGGCUAAUUCAAGACUGGGACACCAGGUGAGUGCUAGUAACUACCAGGUAGAAAAACGUGUUUACGGCCUUCCAGAACUGGGCUGGAGGGAGCCCUCCCAUUUGCUGUAGUAGUAUUGACACUAUAACAGGGCUGUUCUUGGGGAGCUAACGUCCUGGAGGGUUUCUCACUAACCUUCAUUUUGCACACAUGAUUCUAAUAGCGAGCUGAUUUUAAAAAGUCAGGUUAUUCACAACUGGGGUUCGCGAGGAAACGUAAGGGAUGGCAGAUCUCCAGGAACAGCAUUUAGCGGCCCCUGUUCUAUAGCAAUAAUUUCCUGCUGGAAACUCUUGCUUUUAUACCCAUAACAGGAAGUGAACCAGUACACAAUUUGAAGAAAGGGUGGAUUAUUGGGUCUGGAUUACUGAACUCUCCUUAGCUAGGAUGGUGUUUGAGAGAUGGAUGGAGGGGGCAGAAAGGAUAGAUGGAGGGGCAGAAAGGAUGGAUGGAGGGGCAGAAAGGAUGGAUCGGAGAGAGGUGUAUCACUGCAGAGCUGAGGGUCAAAGGUCAUUGCACAAUAUAGAGUUGCUGUUGUGUAAAAUCCUAAUAUGCUAUGCAUUGUUUUUAAUUAUUAUUAUUACCAUAGAUACCAUAAUAGGGUCUAAAAUAUAUAUUAUUUUCAUAUUUUUUCAUUUGUCUGAUGUCAAUCUCUCCCGCUUUGCCCGGGAGGCACUUUGUUACGUGUAUAUUAUAUUAAACAUUUGUAUAAAUAAAUAAUAUUAGUCUUGAAAGAAUAAUAACCUUCAGGAAUGAAUUCCAUAUAGUCUUUCCUCCACCUCUUGGUUUUAUAAUAUAUUAAAUGGAUGACAGCACCUAAUACACAA